UGGAUAUUGAACGUACGAAUGUUAUGGUAAUACAAGCGAGGUGUUAUGAAUCUGAAUGAUUUGUAAACCACCAUUUGGUAGCAGCACAGACAGACGACGAAUUAACGUCCACCCAAGAUGGAUGAAAGAAAUCUUGUCCACUGACAUUGGUCCGGGUUCUUAUGAAUGUAAUGAAUCAUUUACACGGAAAAGAAACACCACAAACACUUUCAAUUUAAAAAAUAAUAUAUCAGGCUGGAAAAGGGAGUAUGAAGUGCAGCGUAAUGCCACCAUACCGAAUUUAUUCAGUCGAAAUCUAAAACUAUCAAAGGAAUCCCAGCAAAGAAAUCUUGGACCUGGUCGGUAUAACCUACCAAGAGAAAUUCAGACGAAGGGAACCUCAGAAUCCAUAGGACCCAUAAAUACAACUGCGGAUCGCUUUUCGGAACUCAGAGGAGUAAAAAUCAAGCCUUUUAAAAUUACUUUUAUGAAUUCUUUACUCAGAAUGAUACUCCAGGAGUGGGUACUUAUGGAAUGAAAGGUGAUCCAUAUCUUUAUAAAGAAUUAAUGGAUGCGAAACACAAAUCAUGUUGCACAAAAGGCUUAUUAGAAUGUGGUGGGGAUGGAAGUCGUUCUUUACCGUUGACAGGGUGUAAUGUUGCACCAGGUACCUACGAAAUCAAUGGUUUGGUACAGAAACUACUGGAUAAAAAAACCGGGAAACGCGGACCUUAUGAUUUGAUGACUGGACCGAGAAGCUUUACUUAUACUUCUGAAUACCCAGAACCAGGAACCUAUUCAUUAACAUCAUUUACAUCCAAUCUUUUGCGACCAGAAAAAAAGUAUACAGGGAUGUUUCGUAGACUUGUUGUUGAACAAAGAAAAAUGGAUCAGUGCUAUUCUGCUAGGAUGCAAAACGACCUCGUAAAAUCUAAGAUAGGACCAGGAUAUUAUGAUCCCAAAUAUCUAGAUGACAAGGAUAAAAGUUUUAAUCAUCAAGCUCCUCCAUUUUUGUCCAGCGCCUCUCGUAAUUCACACUCAAUAUUUACCAGUAGACAGAGUCCAGUUGGUCCUGGACGUUACAAUUCAGAAAAUUAUGAUCGGUCACGGUGUGUAUGGGGUGCGAUGUGUUCUUUUGACUCUACUUCAUCAGCACGUUUAAGUCUAAAAGAAACUUCAAAAUUAAGAGAGAGAUUACGUCCACUCAAUGUAACAUUUCAUGAAAAGUCACACAUCAACAACAACAACAGGCCACGUGCUAUUCCACUGAUUGCUUAACUGUCAAAGCUACAAAUGGAAGUAACGCACAUUUUAAAUUGUUAUAUUACAUACUGCACUGUUUUCAUCAACAUAAAAUAAAUAAAUAAACGAAUCAUAUUCCGAAAAUCAUUGCAGAAAAUAUGCUAAUAUUUAAUCAUUGUAGUGAUCAUUUUUAUACUUGUAGAUUAUACAUCGAUAAUCACGUCUUAUAGUAAUAACUUUAGUUCAUUGUUCACUAUUAUUAUUAUUAUUAUUAUUAU